CUAGCCGGCAAGCCGGCAGUGAAUUGAAAACAAACAAACGAGUUUCGGAGCGAUCUCAACGACAACACAAAGCUAAUUCUUCUGAUAUUUCAGAACAAAUUGUGUAUCUGCGAGUUUUUCAAGAGAGUUUAUUGAAGAAAGUACAAUAAAAUGUCGCUGCUUCCAUUCAUGUUUGGCUACGAUUCGCCGCGCUACAGCCGCCAUCGCCACUGGCCUAGCCGUCUCCUUGAUCAAGAUUUCGGCUUGGCGUUGACACCCGACGACAUGCUGACAGCUGUGGCAUGCCCAAUUCUGUCUUCAGACUACUACAGACCUUGGAGGCAACUAGCGGCCGCAGCGAGAGACAUCGGCUCCAGCAUCAAAGCCGACAAGGACAAGUUCCAGAUCAACUUGGACGUGCAGCAUUUCGCGCCUGAAGAGAUCUCGGUGAAGACCGCGGACGGGUUCGUGGUGGUGGAAGGCAAGCACGAGGAGAAGAAGGACGAGCACGGGUACAUCUCGCGGCAGUUCGUGCGGCGGUACGCGCUGCCUGAAGGCGCGACGCCGGACGCCGUGGAGUCGCGGCUGUCUUCAGACGGCGUGCUGACCAUCACGGCGCCGCUGAAGGUGCCCGAGGCGGUCAAGGGUGAGCGGAAGGUGCCCAUUGCGCAGACAGGACCUGUGCGCAAGGAAAUCAAAGACCAGAGCGAAGGUACCAGUGAUAAGGAGAAGGAAGCCAAGAAGGGCAAGUGAAGAUCUCUAGUGAAACUGUGAUUAAUGUGAAUGUAUUGUUUUCUCCAAAGAUUCGUGUAUGGCAGUGCCAUUCGAGACUGAUUUUAUUUUAUGCGGUUAAGGUAAUUUCAAUAAAUAUUUAAACUUGUUUUA